AUGUUUGAGGUGAUCCAGUACUGGGAUUCACAGUCUAGCCUUACCGUCGACCCUGCUAUUUGUUUCAUCGCUUCAUCUUUGCUCGUGAUGCUGCUUAUUCAUAGCAAGUCAAGCGCAAACUCGAAUGCAGUAUUGCUUGCACAGCUAAAACGCCGGAAAGAGGUGGUCCACCUAUUUAUUGAGAACUACGCCUCAUACUGGAGGCUGCUUCGGUUCCUUCUCGACUGCUCAGUUACGUUCACAAACAAGAUCUCGGGCUCCCUGAGUGCAGAAGAUAUCCUUCAAAUUUCGGACCAUCUCCAGGGACCGUUCCAUCAAAAAUGGCUCAGCUUCCUCUCUCCGGACCCGGAAUUCACGGACUAUUUGAAUUCUGAUGAUCUGAUGCUUCUCGAUUGGGAUGCUUCCAUUGAGAACAUGCUGUGGCUGCACGGGAGCGACUCAGUACCAAGCUUGACCAACGACAGUUGA